GAAAUGAGAAAAGGCGUUCCACUCCCAUUCCUCAACAGAGGACGGUCCUCCACCUGCGAAAGAUUUCACUUAUGAGUAACAACACGGGCCGGCGGGGCUGUCUUCACAGAGCGAGCACUCAAAUCUGAGCUAGCGCAAAAAGCUUCCAGCCUCCGCUGCGUUUUUUGGAGUUUCAGCCUCUCGGCGUCUGACCACUGGACUGAUGUUUCUUCACACCUCCGCUUCGAGAAAUCUGUUUUUGGGAGUCAGAGUUUCGUGAAACUAAACUAUGAUCUGUGGCUGCGUUGAGGAAUGUCUCCUGUAUUUUUGUGUGACACAAGAACACCCAAACGCCCACGACUUAUUGGUCAGGAAGAAAGCGGUGCCCCUAUUUGGAUUAUGUGUUUGACCAAUGUAAACAUAUGGAAGAAAUAAAAAAGUGAGCACAUGGGAAAACCACCAGGAAUGAAUCGCUCCUUUAUUAAGAUUUUGGCAGCUUUAUUUACAUAUUUCAUGGAGACAAACAACUUCAGAGCUGUGGAUGCCAAGGAGCACGAUUCCAGAUCAUCCUCCAGCAUGUCUCCAUCAGACUUUCUGGACUCACUCAUGGGUCGCACGUCUGGGUAUGAUGCACGAAUAAGACCCAAUUUUAAAGGUCCCCCCGUAAACGUUACAUGCAAUAUUUUUAUCAACAGUUUCGGCUCUGUCACAGAGACAACCAUGGAUUACAGAGUGAACAUCUUCCUGCGGCAGAAGUGGAAUGACCCUCGGCUGGCGUACAGUAAAUACCCAGAUUCCUCCCUCGACUUGGACCCGUCCAUGUUGGACUCCAUUUGGAAACCCGACCUCUUCUUUGCCAACGAGAAAGGGGCCAACUUCCAUGAUGUCACCACUGACAACAAGCUGCUGCGGAUCUUCAAGGAUGGGACCGUCCUCUACAGCAUCAGGUUGACUCUCAUUCUGUCCUGCCCGAUGGACCUGAAGAACUUCCCGAUGGAUGUCCAAACUUGUACGAUGCAGCUGGAAAGUUUCGGCUACACCAUGAACGACUUGGUUUUCGAGUGGCUGGAGAACGGUGCAGUGCAGGUGUCAGAGGGGCUCACACUGCCUCAGUUCAUCAUGAGGGAAGAGAAGGAACUGGGAUACUGUACAAAACACUACAACACUGGUAAAUUCACCUGCAUAGAGGUGAACUUUCACCUGGAGCGGCAGAUGGGGUACUACCUGAUCCAGAUGUACAUCCCUUCCCUCCUCAUUGUCAUCCUCUCAUGGGUGUCGUUUUGGAUCAAUAUGGAUGCUGCGCCUGCCAGAGUGGCGCUGGGGAUCACCACUGUGCUUACCAUGACCACCCAAAGCUCCGGCUCCAGAGCUUCUCUUCCAAAGGUCUCUUACGUGAAAGCCAUUGAUAUCUGGAUGGCUGUGUGUCUCCUCUUUGUAUUUGCUGCAUUGCUAGAAUAUGCUGGGGUUAAUUUUGUCUCCAGGCAACAGAAAGAGUUCCUUCGCCUGAGGCGAAGACAAAGGAGGAAUCACAAGGAUGAGGAAAUGCGUGAAGGCCGCUUUAACUUUGCUGGCUACAAUAUGAGUCAGUGUCUACAAACAAAGGAUGGCUCAGCUGUUAAGAACGCUGCUCCGGCUCCAAACCCUCAACCAUCUGUUCCCAAGGAUAUAGACACCAUGAGGAAGAAGUUUGUGGACAGAGCCAAGAGGAUAGACACUAUCUCCAGGGCUGCUUUUCCUCUCGCGUUCCUCAUCUUCAACGUCUUCUACUGGGUCACCUACAAGAUCAUCAGGCAUGAGGACAUCCACCAAAAGACUUAACACUUGACAAACAACAUAUACUUUUUUCCAUUUCUCAGAUUGAGAAAUGCUUGGGAAGCACAGUGAGAUGAGAUUGGAGACUGUGCAUCGAGAGGUAGCCGACCAUGGUGGUUUUGACGGUGGUGUUCUUUCAGGGAUAAUGUAUAAUGUUCAUGCGUCAUACAGUAAUGCUCAUGUUCUGAUAAUGUGAACAGCUCUUGAGACGCAGAUGCUUUUUUGUUGUUGUACUGCUGCAUAUUUCCUGACAAAAUCUGGAAAAAUGGUUUUAACUCAAGGCUUAGUAACAUGUUGGAGCAGAUGGACCAAAUUUUUGUCUUUGAAUAAAUCCUACCUUGGCACCUGUACAAGGAACAAAGAAACAUUCCAUGGAUUUGUAACUGUAAGGUAGCUUAGUCAGACCCUCAGUGACUUUUUGUGAUUGCAAAAAGGGUAUUUCUUAAGGAUGCUUAAGACUGUUUUAUAUUGUAAUAUUGUCACGGCACUUCCUCUAUGUUUAUACAAAAUAAAGCAGCAAAACUUCUAAAAUAUACACACAGAAAGCACAUACUGACACACCCUUCAGACAUUAGGCAGCAGCCCACGUUUUCAGGCAUGGGCGCGAACAAAGGCGAUGAAAAUCUGGAAUUGGACACCGCAUUUUUAUGAAAUACCCGAGGCCUUAGAUAUCAAAGAUUUGGUGAGAUGAAGUGCUGUGCUUCUCUAUUUUUUCAUGCAUCUCCUCUCGUUCAGUGGUCUAUCAGAGCCGAAUGCAGUGUUUGAUCUUUUCUACCU